UGACGGCGGUUGGACGGCUCUCAGAGGCACGAGCUUGACGAGGCACCAACUGCUGCGGCUAAACCGUUUGUGAGCGCCGCCAGCCCACAGGCUCAUCAAACAUGGGAUCUCUGAUUGAGUGCUCUCGGACCCUCAAAGUCUGCGCGUCGGCCCCCCUCCCCCUUUUUUUUUUUUUUUCAAUCAUUUUGUGCACCGCCGAGCCCGCCGCGGUCAGAAUUUGGCCCCUCGCGAUUCGGAUCACCCAGGCUCGUCUUGGAUUGUUGGCGGCCUCGAGUCCUGGGCCGUGCCCUCCUUUGUUAUUUCCAUGUGUAUUUUCUCGGUUUAACUUCCAAGGGGGAGGGGGGUGGUUGUCAUUGGCGCUAGUCACCAUGGCGAGCUGUAGUGACUUGGAGACUUUUGUGCGUAGACAUAAGCUGUCCCCAAGGUUGUUGGGUUCCUUAAGUCAGCGUGCCAUCCAAGACGCGCCGGGCCUUGCGGGAACUGAGCCAGUCUCGCCGAAGGGCCAUUGCUGGCGGCUCCAGUCUGUCGAAGAAGGCGGCCCGGCGGAUAGAGCCCGAAUAGGGGUUGGUGGAGUGUCCCGACUCUCGCGUUCACAAUGAGUAAUCAGUCAACGACCCGGUGAUAGGGUUCGCAUCCAGCAAGGCGCGAGCAAAAGGGUGGACGACGAUGGCGUCUGUGGGGGAUUUUCAUAGCGUCCCGCAAUAUCAGCAGUAUGAAGCGACCACGGACGAUGAUGGCAAACUGCCUUCGUACUCGUAAGGUACGGAGUAGUGCAUAGAGUGUUUGCAGGGUAUUCAUCCAUCCGUAAAGUUGCAAACAAGCUUGUGUGGCUUAUCCGGACCCCUAACAUGCUGAGAGCCCGAGACGCCUUGCUUUCAUGAUGGGCCGAUUUGGAGAGUUUGAUAUUUGUUCCUUGAGCGCUGGAACUGGCACGUUU